ACAAGGCGCAAACAACAAAAUCGAUCAAGCGUUACCGUGAGCAUGCCAGACUUUAUCUAUGUUUCAACAAAAAUUAUCUCACUGCGGAAAUUAUCUUACCAUUCAUAGAUUAAAAGGAAUAUUUCAAUCUCGAUCCAUUCGAGAGUGUUUCAAGAUAAAAUGGCCGGUAUCGUACCGAAAGAGAGAUCCCUUGAUCAACCACCGGCAACGAUACUACCGACCGCGUUCGCUCGCUCGAGUCUGCUGUGAAAGGACAGACUCUCCUUUCAUCCGAAGAGAUGCCGCCGUUGCCAGCGAUGUACGCUUGUUUCAUGUCUCUAAUGAGAUUUCUAUAAUUAGAAAUAUACAUAUAAAAUAAAGCUCUUUUUUUUACAUUGCUUUCAACACGCCACUUUUUCACAAUGCUUCGUGUGGAGCAUAAAUGCGAAAUCGAAACCGAAGAUGAAGAUCUACUUUUUCUUCCCAAUCGCAGCUUCUUCCGAAAAGUAUUUGACGCAAUCCUCACAUUACUGAUGGCAUCGGAAAAUAAUCCAGAAACUCGCAAGCAUUUACGCAGUCACUCUCUCAUGAUUUCGGAAAAGCGACGGCAUUUGCAACAAUAUAAAUAUAUUUUUCACCCAUUCAGUAUCUUAAGGUAUACUUCCUUGAGAAAUUUUUACGAUCCUCCUCGCAGAUUUUUCUGGGAUAUCCUAAUGAUUUUAACGAUAACAUGCUUACUGUUGAUUGUUCCAUAUCAAGCUGCCUUCGACAUGAAGCGGUUAUAUUAUUGGACGGUUUGCAAAAAUCUCCUACUUUCUAUUUGUUGCAUGGAUGUAAUCAUUAAUUUUAUGACGGGAUAUCACGAUAAACUGCAUCACAUUGUCGUGAUGGAACCGAAGAAAAUAAUGAAGAGGUAUCUAAUGUAUGGCACUUUCUUGCCAGACUUUCUGGGCUCUUUACCAACCGAUAUCGCGUUCGUUAAAACAUGGCAAGAAAGUACAGUCACACGCGAGCUGGUGUCGUUGAUAUGCGGAUUUCGCGUGUUUUCUCUCAGUUCUUACAUGAUAAAAAUUGUUCGAGCAUAUGACGCUCCUGUGGCCCUUUACGAAGUCUGUGUCAUGAUAUUUUGGCUAAUAAUAGCGUUUCAGUGGCAAUCUUGCUUAUAUUGGCUAUUGCCAAUAGCGACGACUUCUAUGCACUUACCGAAGCGACCUGGCGACGAUUCCUGGAUACUCGAAUUUAAUCUUUGGGAAGAAUCCAAAGUUCUACAGUAUCUGAACAGUCUUUCACGCGCCAUCUCCAUCUUCCUAUCGUCGGGCUUUCUGCAUGAAAAACCGAAAAACGAGACGGAUCUCACGCUGGUGAUCCUUUUACAAUUCUUAGGAAGUCUAACUAUCUGGAUUCUGAUAGCUCGUGUAAACCAACUAUACAAAAACGUCAACGGCUCUAAGAUUAAGUAUCAAGACAUCUUGGCACAGCUCAAGCAGUACAUGAAGCAUCAUCAACUACCGCAUUCGACUCAAGACCGUAUCGUAACCUACUACGAAUUUUACUUUCUACAAAGGUAUUUUUGCGAGCCCGAGAUUCUCAACAUUCUGUCCCCGCAUAUUCGCCAAGAGAUUAGCAUGCAAACCUGCCGCAAACUUGUGGAAAACGUUACAUUCUUCAGCAAUCUACCUCUCUCCUUGAUAACGCGCAUCGUUGCCCUGCUAAAGUCCGAAAUAUUUUUGACAAACGACGUGAUUGUACGGGCUAAUUCACCAGGUGAUUGCAUGUACUUCAUCGCCACCGGUACGGUGGCUAUUUAUACGGGUUCCGGAAAGGAAGUGUGUCACUUGGAUGAUGGCGCGCACUUUGGGGAGAUCGCGCUGGUGAUGCCUGACGCGCGGAGAGUGGCCAGCGUCAUCGCUAUUGAGAUCUGCGAGUUGUAUCGCCUGAAUCGCGUGGAUUUUACCAGAACGAUUCACCCCUAUCCCAUGCUGUGGGAGCAAAUCAAGAAAAUUGCUAUCGAGAGACACGAGAGGACGGCCAUACUGGAUAUGUAUUAAAUAUUGCAAAAGUAUUUUAUUUAAAAAAAAAAAAAAAAAAAUAUCAUCGUUAAUACGG